CCACCCUAGAAUUUCCAACGCGUCGCGUAUAGUACACAAACACGGGGUGACGUGAGACUAUCAAAAUGAAAGCUGAUUUGAAUAAGAACCCCAAAAGUUGAACAACUCGAGUUGGAUGAAUCCACUGGCUAUGAUGGAUUCCGUUGUUGGGGAGGAUCAGACGCUUCCCUUAGACAUAAAUGGAAGAUGGUGUAAUAUCGCUGUAGAUCCAGACUACCAGAUGCUGGGGACUUCUCCAUGGACAGCAUGACAGCGCCGUCGUUUCCAGAUAAGAUGUCUCCCGUCAAGGCGCUCACCAUGAAGGACUAUGAAAACCAAAUCACGGCCCUGAAGAAGGAGAACUUCAACCUGAAGCUGAGGAUCUACUUCAUGGAGGAGCACAUGCAGCAGAAAUGUGACGACUCCACGGAAGACAUCUACAAAACGAACAUCGAGCUGAAGGUGGAGGCGGAGUCCAUGAAGAGAGACCUGGCGGAGAAGCAGGAGCUACUGGUCUCUGCAUCGAAAGCCUUGGAGAGCCUGGCAGGACGGGAGGCAGGAGACUCCCAGCGUGUGAGGGAGCAGGCCCAGAGAGAGAUAAGCGCUCUCAGAGAAACACUAAGCAAGAAGAUCUCGGAUCUGGAGCAGGACGUGCGAGCGGCGGAGGAGGAGGUGGAGAAGAUGGCUGCUAUCGCCGAGCAGGAGAAGAUGAGGAGCAUCGGGAUGGAGAAGCAGCUGCUGUCGCUGGGGUUGACCCCCGGCUCCGCCCCCGGCCUCCCUGCCACCCAGCAGCUGCAGCAGGCCCUGCAGGAGAGGGACGGGGUGAUCGAACAGCUGAGGACGUCCGCCCAGAAGCAGGAAGUUCUGAUCCAGCAGCUCCAUCGGGCCAGCAGAGACCAGACCACAGAGCCGACAUCCACAGACCUCCGCACUCAACUCACACAACUCACCACUCUCAUUGGCCAGAGAGACGAGGAACUCCAGGCGCUGAGGGCUGAGCUGGACCGGGAGAAGGACAAGACCCAGAUGGGCGAGCAGGGCUUGGAGGAGAAGCAGAGUGACCAGAGGAGGCUGGAGAGCUCCAACAAGCAGCUGGCUGGGGAGCUCCAGCAGAUCAGGGCCUCCAACCAGACCCUCAGUCAGACCCUGGAGGACGCGCACACCCAGGCCAAGGCUCUCACUGGUCAGCUUGAAGAGAAGGAGAAGGAGCUCUCCUCAGAGAAGAAGAACACCUUGAAACGAGACAAGACCAUCCAAGGCCUCACCCUGGUCCUCAGGGAGAAGGAGAAGGAGGUUGAGGAGCUUUGUCAUGAGAUCGAAGACCGCGAUGAGGCUUUGGCCAAGGCCAGGGACACGGCUCACAAAGCCCAGCUCCAGAAAUACCAGGGGGCGGAGGAGCACCAGAACCUGCUGAUGGAGAAGCAGGCGGAGCUGGCCCUGCUACAGGGAGACCACCACGCCAAGGUCCUGGAGGCCCAGAAGCUGCAGCGGUCGCUGGGCAGGAGGGAGCAGGAGGUGGCCGACCUGCAACAGGCCAAGGAGCAGCAGGAGCUGGAGCUGGAGGACCUGCAGCAGCAGAAGAAGAAGGGGGACAAGGCCCUGAAUGAGGCUCAGAACCAGCUGAAGAAGCUAAGCGGGGAGCUGGCGGAGCGCGAGGCGGCGCUGGAGCAGCACUACCAGGAGCUGCUGGAGCAGACCCAGAGGAAGCUGCAGGCCCAGCACUCCUCCGUCCAGCGCCUCACCACCACCCUGGCCGACAAGGAGCAGCAGCUGCAGGAGUACAUGAACAUGGUUCGAGACUUGGAGCAAAGCAGGAGCCCGGGAGGAAGUGACAUCAUGCUAUCUAAGUUGCGUGAGCGUCUGAGAGAGAAGGAGAAGGCUCUGGAGCAAGCGCUGGACGAUAAGUUUGCGGCCGUCGAGGAGAAGGACAACGAGAUCCACCAGCUUCAGCUGUCCCUCCGAGAGAAGGAGAGAGACUUGGAGAGACUCAACAACCUGCUGGCCCACAACGAGGACACCAUCAGCAGCUUUGACUCGCUCAUCAAGGAGAAGGACGUGGAGCUGCAGCACCAGGUGAACACCCUGAAGAACCUGCAGAGGGCCAAGCAGGAGGUGGAGGACAACCUGAACCGGUCCCUCAGGGAGAAGGACGCCAUCAUCAGCCAGCUGCAGAUCUCCCUGGAGGGCAAGACCAAGGACAUGGAGGACAUGGCUGGCGUGAUGCUGAGCCAGUCUCAGAGCCAGGCGCGGGACCUGGCCGAGCAGAUGGGUCAGAGGUUAAAGGUGAACGAGGCCCUGCUGGCCGAGGCCGUGAAGGCCAGGGAGAGGCUGGUGGCCGACAACGAGAGCGCCGUGGAGGGCCUGCUGGCCACCAUCAGCAGCAAGGACCAGCUGCUCAAGGAAUCGGCUGAGCGCUACAACCGCGCUCUGUCGGAGCGCGCCCAGGAGAUCCAGGACGUGCAGCGCCAGCGGGCCGAGGGGCGGCAACGGCUCGCGGCCGCCGAGAAGCUCAGCUCCACGGCGACGCAGGACGGUCGCCUGGAAACGGCGGAGCUCCGGGCUCAGCUGGGGGAGAAGGACGCCAUCAUCAACAAGCUUCUGGAGCGCGGGCAGGAGAGGGACCACUUCCUGUUGGAGCUGCGCCAGCAGGAAGCGGGCUCCCCCCAGGUGCUGGAGCUGAGGCAGACCAUCCAGGUGCUGCGGGAUCAGCUGGAGGAGAGGGAAGCCGAGCGGAGAAACAGCGAGGACAACAUGGAGAAGGUUCCUCUCACCAAGAAGAUGGCCGUGGUCCUGAAGAAGGAGCUGGCUCACAAGACGGAGGCCCUCAACAAGGCCCUGAAGAGGGAGAACGAGCUGAAGAUAUCCGUGGCGGAGCUGCAGUCGGUCCUGUCCGAGCUGGAGGGUCGAAUCGAAGGCCAGGCCGCCAACAUCGAGUCCCUCACCGCCACUCUGGAGACCAAGGACGAGAUCAUCAACGAGCUCCAUGCGCGUCUGGGCCAGAGAGGAGACAGCCAGGCUGGUGCUGCCCAGCAGCAGGCUGCCGAGGCUGGGCUGGAGCGCUCCCUCCCCAGCCUCCCACAGAGGGAGAGAACCAGCAUUGGGGGAGACCGCCAGAAGGAAGAGGCCCUGCCGGCCCUGGCCUUCCUGCAGAUGGAGCGCGAGGCCCUGAACCGCUCGCUGAGGGCAGAGCAGCAGCUCUACUCCAGCCUGGUCCGCACCGUCAAGGAGCAGGACAGCGCCCAGCGUCUCCACGCGCUGCAGAUGGAGCUGACGGCAGUGCAGCUCCUCCGACAGCAGCUGGAGGAGGGCGUGAGGACCAACGAGGAGCUGAGGGAGGACCUGGAGCGAGAGAUCCACCGCGCCCAGCUCCGAGAAGGUGUGGAUCUGGUGGACCCCAGGGAGGUGGAGAGCAUCCGACACCAGCUGGAGGACGCCCAUCGCUGGAACACCUCGCUGCAGGCCCGCCUCGGAGCCAUCCAAAACCGCGGAGGAGGGGUGGGCGCCACCAACGACACGGCGGACAGCAUGAGCUUUGCGGCCGACCAGACGUCCUACAUGAGCAUCUGCGUGGGGGAGGGGGAGGAGAGGGGGCUGUCCCAGCUGUCAGACGAGGAGCUCAGACACAAGCUUGUGGAGCUGCAGGAUCAGGUCAGCAGACUUCAGUCUGCCAACGCUGACCUCCAGAGGAGGCUGACGGAGGAGAGGACUGACCCUGACCUGACCCUCGAGCCCACGAGGAGGGCGGAGGCUGGCCUAGCAGGCAGCAAGCCCAGGACACAGCUCAUAGAGAGGAAGAUGAAGCAGCAGGCGGGAGGGCAGGGCACAGCGACCCCCUCAGGAUGGGAUGGGGUACUGCAGGCCGACCGCAGUCUGGGCCAGAGUUCCUUACCUCGCCUUGCUCAUGGUCUCUCUCAGGCUGUGGACGGGGGGCAGGGGACGACGGCAGACGCCAGCCCGAGGGGAGGGGAGAGGAGGGAGGGAGAGCUGCUCCGGUCUCUCCUGGACGAAUGUGGUGUCCUGUCAGCCAAUCAGCUCAGGGACGAGGUCCAGAGGCUGAGGACGGAGGGCCUAGAGCUGCGAGGGCUCCUGAAGGAGGGGAAGUCGUCCGAGAGGAAGGAGAAGGAGAGCGACGACAGCUGCCUCGUCGGCGAGGCCGACCUGCAGCACACCGUGGACAGGCUGAGGUCGGAGGCCAGAGGUCACCGCAGGGUCAUCCGCCUCCUGCAGGAGCAGCUGGAGACCAACGCAGUUCCGGCAGCCGCCGACGGGGAGAGGACCCUCGACCCGGAGCUGGUCGCUGGCAUGAGCCGGGAGACCGAGAGGCUGUGUGCCGAGAAGGAGGGAGCGCGGGGGAGAGGGGAGGAGGGAGAGACGAAAGGGAAGACGCGGGGAGAUCAACUUACCCCCCAGGGAAGCAGUCUCCACACCAAGGGCCGGUCACCAAGCAAGAGUCACCAACAGCAGGCAUCCAAACAGGCGGCGGGGCUCAAGUCUCGCCUCCCGGUUCCUGUGAGGCUGAAGAGCGAGGGCAGCAGUGGGUGGGGCAGCAGAGAGUCCGUGCAGCCGGACUGCUCCAACGAAGGACAGCACCUGGGUCCUGACCACAGAGGAGUUCACGGGUCCGAUCAAAAGACGUCUCCAGACUCUGAUUCCCCAAGCUCCACCCUGGACGUCAACCUUGGGUCGGCCCAGCACCCGGGGGCCAGACUGGGCAUGGAGGUCAGGAAAGGCCCAGGCUCGGAGGACCACCAGGCCGCUGAGAUGGAGCCCUGGCAGGGCCAGUCUGACAUAGAGCUCCUGGCCCAGUUGGAGCUCCUCCACCAGGAGUGCCAGGAGAAGGAGGGGCUGGUCGUCCGAUUGGAGGAGCAGGUCGCGGAGUGGGAGGAGCUCCACUCGCAGCUCCAGGAGAAGGACAAGCUGAACCGCCAGUACCUGGAGGCACUGCGGGCGGCAGAGUCCACCAUCGCUUACCUGACCGCCUGCAACCUGGACAGCCAGGCAGGGGGAGGGCCACCCGCCGGCUCCGGCUCCGACCCUGCCCUCCGCAGGCAGUGUCUGGAACUGCAGACGGCGCUGCAGGAGAAGGAGACGCUCAACAGCCAGCUGGUGGAGUGUCUCAGCAUGGCGGAGACGGCCAUCUCCUCGCUCAGCGCCACAUCGCCGUCCUCGUCCGACGGCUCGGACGGCCGGGGCGACCCCCAGGAGCUGUGCGUGAGGCUGGAGGCCGCCCUGCGCCAGGUCAACGCCUCCCUGGACGGCCGCCGGACGGCCGCGGGGCCCGGGACCGCCGGGGGCCAACGGGGCCCGGACCAGGAGCUGCAGCGGCAGGCCGACUCCCUGCAGGAGGCGCUGUGGGAGCAGAGCAGGCUCAACGCCGAGCUGCAGGAGAGGCUGAGGGCCGCCGAGGCAGGCAGCUGCCACACUGCCCCCUCUGGCCUGGAGGGCGGCGGCAACAGACAGGUGGAGGGACAGCGCGGGAGAAACGCGGCGGCGGCGUCGGAGAGGACGGGUGCGAGCCAGGAGGAGACGUGCAGGCGUCUGUCGGAGUGUCUGGGAGUCACGGAGGCAGCGCUAGCCUCUCUCGCAGUUCUCUGCACCGCCACAGGCUCCACCUUCUCUGCCGACAGACUGGCUCAGACCGGUUCGGACCUCCAGACACAGCUGGACAGGCUCCAGAAAGUCCUGAAAGAGAAGGAAGCUCUGGGAGAGGCGGGCUCAGCAGGACCCGGCAGAACCUCCACCCACCAGAACCAGACACCCACAGGGGCUGGAGCCGGGGGCGCGUCCACCCAGAACCCCCACCACAACCUCUGCCUCCUCCAGAGGCUCUUCUACGAACAUGCCCAGAGGAUCUCGGAGCUCCAGGCCGCCCUGGAGACGCGCGAUGCCCGGCUGCGGGAGCCCGGUCCUGGGGCAGCAGCCUCAGGAAACGCCCAGGCUCAGAUGGAGGCCUUGCAGAAGGCCCUGAAGGAGAAGAAGAAGACGUGCAGGAGCCUGGAGGAGAAGCUGGUCACGGCUCAGUCCAUCAUCGCCCUGCACAACUCCAAGAAGCCUAGUGAUGGAGCUUCACAUACGGCGCCCCCUCCGGAGCAGGAUGAGAAGGGCGUGCAGGUGGACCAGCAGGACCUGGGUUACGAGACCAGCGGCAAGAGUGAGACUGAGGUGGAUAGGGAGGAGAGCAGUAGCACAGACAUGUUUGGCGGCCUGCAGCCUCGUCCCAGCGGCUCCUGCAGCCUGCCGUCCCUGCCCCAGGACCAGACCACCUUCUCCUCCACAGAGAACCUGGACUCGGCCUCCAGCGCCUCCUACCCCAGCUCGCCCGCUCUCAGCUCCCCCAAGGUGGGUCUGAAGAGCCUGCAGACGUACGAGGACUACGGCGUGUCGGAGGAGCCGGCCGAGCUCCGGGCUCAGAUCGCCGAGCUGAAGCGUCACCUGGAGAGCCAGCUCAGGGUCAUCGUCCACCUCCAGGCCCUGCUGCGGCCCCACUCCCUCUCCUCCGACCCGCCCACCGGAGGGCCCGAGGGGGCCGGUGCCCAGGACGGGACCCCUGCGGGCCUCCCGGAGCGAGGGGAAGGAGGGGGGAAGGAGGGGGUGGAGAGGCAGGCGAUGGAGGAGAGGAUCGGGCGUCUGAGCGUGGAGCUGGAGAGGGAGAGGAGGGUGAACAGGAGCAUGAGCGAGCAGCUGCAGCAGGUCCAGCAUCGGAGCCGCUCCGCCUCACCUGCCAGGAUGGACACUCUGGUCCAGUCCCAGGCCCGGGAGCUGUCCCAGCUGAGGCAGCAGAUCCAGCAGAGCCGCGGGCUGGGUGCCCUGCAGCGCCACCAGCUGGAGGAGCUGAGCCGGGCCUUCGAGGAGCUGCUGCAGGCCAGCGACGUGGACUACUACCUGGGGGAGGUCUUCAGGGAGCAGCUGGACAAGAGCCUCAAUAUCCAGGAGAGCCUGGAGGGCCGAUUGGAGAAAGGAGGCGGCCAUCCAGAUAACAAGGACGCAGCCGUGCUGGAGCUAGCGCAAAGACUCUCCAAGGAGCUUCAGGAGAAGACCCGUUUGGUCAACAGCCUGCAGAGUCAACUGAGGGGACAAACUCCCAGCAGCCACCUCUCCUCUGCCUCCGACCUCUCCGACAGGGCGUCACAGGAAGCCAACGCCUCCCGCAACAGCCUCACGUCCUACGCCUCACAACAUGGCCGCCCAGGCCUCCACGGGGUGAAAGAUUCCAAUGGAGAUCUGGCGACGUCCUCCGAGUCUGCAGCCAAGCAUUGCGGGGGUGGAGCCAAAGCCGGGGGCGUGUCCGGCCGCGAGGGGAGCUCCGUCAGGCUGCAGAGGGAGAACGUUCGCCUGCAGGACCAGCUGAGGAGCAGCGAGGAGCUCAACACCACCCUGCGCAGCGAGCUGGACCUCCACCGUUCCAUCCUGGACCAGAACCAGGCUCACAACCAGGUCCAGAACCACGCAGGGCCAGGGCCAGAGCCCCAGAAGGAGGCCCAGAUAGGAGAAGGACUGUCAGGCACACAGCAGGCCACAGCCCAGCAACACAACAUGAACCCAGACCUGCUGGCAGAGCACCUGCUGGAGAUCAGGGCUCUGAGACAACGUCUAGAGGAGACCAUCCACACUAACGACCGGCUCAGAGAGCAGCUCGAGAGGAGACUGGCUGAGAUGGACCGAGACCCAGCAGCCACCAGCAUCUUCAUCCAGGGUAUGGAGGACCAGGGUCAGCUGACCAGCGAGCUGCGUCUCCUCUGGGAGCAGAACCAGGUUCUGAAGGAGCAGCUCAGCCUGGGCUCCAGAGACAAGCAGAAGGAGAAUGACAAGCUGCGCGAGGCCCUGGCCAGGAGGACGGCCAAGCUGGAGCAGAGCAGGAAGGAGGCGGAGCUUCUGAGGCAGGAACACGCUCGCCUGCAGGACACGCUGGAGAGGAGCUCCCAGCAGAACGCUCACCUGCAGGAGAGCCUGCACUACAGCAGGGAGGAGCUGCACAGGCUGCAGUGUGAGGUGAAGCACCAGAGGCAGCAGCUCUCAGACAGCCAGAACCUCCUGCAGUCUCUACGCGUGGAGCUGCAGGUCUACGAGAAGAUCAAGACUGGAACUCACACAGAGUCUCUUCAGGAAGCUCAGGGUCCUGGCCCUGGUCCUGGCCCUGGUCCUGUACCGCUGGACCUGGGGGAGCUGCUGAGGGAGAUGCGUCACCUGCGCGUGCAGCUGGAGAGGAGCAUCCACACCAACACGGCUCUGAGACGGAGGCUGGAGGAGCAGCUCCACUCAGGGCCCAGCAGAGACACCAUCAACAUCAACUACCUGCUCUCCACGCCAGAGGACGGAGGCAGGUCUCCAGGUCGUGACCCUCUCCACCACUCCUCCCACUCUCACCAUGACCCCGCCUCUGAUCACCAUGACGCUAAGCGCCAGCCCCGGUCGGAGCAGGACGGCGAGUCCCAGGGCAGCUCCGGAGGGGAGGGCGUCCCGAGCCCCCCGUCCCGCCUGGUGCCGGGUCACCGUUUGUGGGCGAGCCGCGGCGGGCGCCACGUGCUGGGCCUGACGGAGGACCACAGCGCCCUGCGCAGGCACAUCGCCCAGGCCCGCCGGCUCGCACGCAGCAUGGACACACUGCAGCAGCAGGGCCAGGAGAACAGGGCUCCAGAGGCUGGGCAGCAGGUGUCCGGCCUGUGCGGCGGCAGCGUGAGCACCAUGCAGCAGGUCCUGGAGGAGGCAGGCAGGCUGCUCAAGCUCUACUGGAGGGUCUCCCUGCCUGCCUGCCCCCCCACAGGGGAGGAGGGCUCCUUCAACCACCAGCAGGAGGAGCUCCUGCAGAGUGAGGUGGCCCGCCUGAAGGCCCGGCUGUCCCAGCAGGAGAGGAUGCUGAACGGGGCGGUGAAACGUCUCCGCUCCACCAACCAGCUGAAGGAGGGCAUGGAGAGGGUCAUCAUAGACCAGCUGGCGCUGACCCACGGAGUUCUGAAGAAGGCCCGGGGGAACCUGGAGACAAAUUAUUACACCCUCUUUGGCCUGAAGGGUCAGUCUGGAGGCCCAGAGGAAGGAGGUGCCAGUCAGUGGUCAGUAGAACUCAGAGCGGCAGGAGCCCCUCAACAGGAAGUGACUGUCCAGCUUCCUGUUCGGAGCCCCCCCGGAGACAGACACUCUGAAUGCUCGGAGGAGAGGAACAGCGACGCCUCCUCCCACUGUAGCUACUAGACCACACACGGCUUUUAAUGCUACCUAAUGGCCCCGCCCCUUUCCCCUGCUGUAGUACUGUCUUAUUGGUUCUCUUUGAAAUAUGCAAAUUAUAUAUUUGGGAGGUUGUACUGUAUUCCAGGCACAUCUACCUAAUAUCAGACCUAUUUUUUGGUACGCAGGUUGUAAAAGAUUAUUUUUAUUAUGUAACAGGCUAUUUUGUCCGGCUCUUGUAAAUAUGACAUUUUGACAUAUUUUAUUUCUUUAAUAAUUUUCCUUUAUCCUUUUUAUAUGACCGAUUGAGGAGAGAUGUCUUAUCAGUUGUUCCUUCCAAGUUGUACCUGUAAACUUACUGUACUUUACUCCUGGGCUAUUGUAUGUUCUAUGUUCUGAGUUCAAAUUCAAAAAGAAAGUAAAUUGUUGCUUUUGAACCCGUGCUCAUUCAAAUUGUUUAAACCACCCGUUCAUACCUCAACAUGUUGCUCAAAAGGAUGGCUGCUAGUAGCGACCAUAGUAAUCUCCUAAAGACACACUGUAAUAUAUACUUAUAUACUUAUACAUACUUUAAUGACAAAAUACAUACACUAAUAGUAGUAUGUAAACUAUGGCACUGCACAAACAAUUCAAGCAAGUACGAUACUACACUGUUACUUCUACAAAAGCUCCUUUAUUAUCAUAUAAACGUGUUUUUUCAAUAAAGGGAGGGGGUAUACAUCUUGACCACUAUGUCACGUAUAAACAGCUGGAAAGGAGUCGAUUGUAUCGUAUAACAGGUGGAAGCGAGGAGUUUGUAAAAUUGCAGAAAAACAUCACAGCACAAAAAGAGAAUGUUUAAAAAUA